GCUCGAAGUACCUACGCUUUGCCCUGUAAUCCGGCCGCAUUACCGCACAAAGCCCGUCGCGUCCUCUAAACGGUUACCCAGAUAUCUCAAGAUGAUACGCAAACAAGCCCGCGAGCGCCGCGACUACCUCUACAGAAGAGCCCUCACCCUCCGCGAUGCCGAACUCGCCGCCAAACGCGCCGCUCUCAAAGCCAGUCUCGCCUCCGGGAAACCUCUAGAUCCGCACAUCGCCAACGACGAGCAUCUGAAGAAGGAUUUCAAGUACGACGAGACACGGGCGGACAGAACGGUGGAGGAAGAGCUGGGCUUGGAUGACGAGUAUGCGCAGUUGAGCGGCGUAGUGGAUCCGAGGAUCCUGGUGACGACCAGUCGCGACCCGAGCAGCAGGCUUGGAACCUUUGCGAAGGAGAUCAGGUUGCUUCUACCCACCAGUAUCAGGUUGAACAGAGGAAAUUUGGUGCUGCAGAAUCUGGUGUCGAGUGCUUUGGCUUCGGGUCUGUCAGAUAUUGUUCUUCUACACGAACACAGAGGUACACCAACCGCAAUGACGAUCUCGCAUUUUCCCCACGGACCGACCGCCUCCUUUUCCCUCCACAAUGUUGUACUGCGAGCAGAUAUCCCCAACAGUGCUCGUGGCACAGUCUCCGAAUCCUACCCCCAUCUAAUCUUCGAAGGGUUUACCACAAAGCUAGGCAAGCGCGUCGUCCAGAUUCUAAAGCACCUAUUCCCGCCUCGGGAACCCACCGCGAAGUUGGGCAACAGGGUUGUCACCUUCAAGAAUAUCGAAGACUCGAUUGAAGUCCGGCACCAUGUGUUCGUCAAGACGGGUUACCAAAGCGUGGAACUUGCGGAGGUAGGCCCUAGGCUGACGAUGCGGUUGUUCGAGAUUAGGUCGGGUACGCUGGAUAAUAAGGACGGCGACAUAGAAUGGCAUUUGAACCAGUUUACCCGCACGAGCAAAAAGAAGGAUUAUCUUUGAGAGACAAGAGGCAUGGGUUAGGUCGCUGGGAAGGAUCAAGCAUGGUGUCAAGGCGUUGGAAUUUGCAUGGAUCAUUACAUUUUGCCUGGAACCCGGGGGGUAUCAAGUUUACACUGGUCGCUAGCUGCAUUUGGUUGAGCGCACAACACAGGCGCAAAGCCUUCGAAGACCUCAACAGAAUCGACCUGCGUUUGCGCUAUAGCGAG